AGAUCAGAACACUUGAAAGUGAACAGCCAAUGCGACAAGAAAGAAAACCACAGAGCAGAGUACCACGUAGUCUUUCUGUUCACUUUGUUUCAGAAACUCUUCAGGCUCUUCCUACUGUCCUCUCCCACCUCCUCUCUUCUCUAUUUCACAGAUGUCGCUGAGGCAGGUGACCUGAUCCAAACCUGAAGAAUUCAGGGGAGGAAGGGAAGCCUUCUGCUUGAGAAGAUUUUCCAUCCUUGAUAUACACAGGAAAUGAAGACAUCACCUGCCAUGCUUGGAAUUGGGAAAUUGUUUUGGGUCCUCUUCCUGAUCCCACAUUUGGGCAUCUGGAGUAUCGACGGGGAAAAACCAUGUGAUGUACAGCUUUACAUUAAGAGAUAUUCCAUACACACUGUGUCAGCAGGGAAUCCAUUGCAACUGGAAUGUCCUGUAAAAUACUGUGCGAACAGACCUAACGUGACCUGGUGCAAGCUCGAAGGACAAAGCUGUUCAUAUCUUGGGAAUACACCUCAGAGACACACGAGUUGGGAAGUAAGGAACAAUAGUUCCAUUUUUGUUCUUCAUUUUGAUCAAGUGCUUGUUAGUGACAAUGGAUCAUACCGCUGUUCUGUGAAUAUUCCAUCUGGACUCAUUGCAAGCCACUCAGUAACCAUUAAUGUGACAGAAUGGACUCAAAAUAGUUCAGAGCAUCCUCUAAUAAAUACAACCAGUGUCUCAGGACCACCCUUCGUGGAAGAGAUCGUGGACAGACGAUGGAUCCUCUAUGGUUUUCUUCCUUUGGGGGCAUUGCCUUUGCUCAUUACCUGUUUCUACCUGGUCUGCUGCCUGAGAAGGCACCAAGGGAAACAAAAGGAGCCUUCUGAUACAACAGGAGGGGAAAUUAACCUGGUUGAUGUUCCCCAGCCCUUUAGGAGCGAACACACUGAAGUGGGCACCAGGCAAAACUCCCAAACACUGCAAUCAGAAACUGGAAUUUAUGAUAAUGACCCCUGGUUCAGAGUCCAGGAAGAGCCUGGGGUUUAUUCUAACCCGUGUCUGGAGGAAAACAAACAGGGCAUUGUUUAUGCUUCCCUGAACCAUUCCAUCAUUGGAAUGAACCCAAGACAGGCAAGAAAUGUGAAUGAAGCACCUACAGAAUAUGCAGCUAUAUGCGUGAGGAGUUAAAUUUGGUCCUGCUCUCCACCCAGUAACCAUCAGCGUGGCAGCACCAUUGUCUGAGCCCACAGUGUCAAAGAAUAUUCCUUGACCUGAGAAGUUUCACUUUAAGAAGGUUCAUGUUGGUGCUUGGGUCUUAAGGGUCCAUAGGACAAAUGACUAAAAUUUCUCCCAGAAACUUCUUUGGGAGGCUUUUAUACUAUAGUCUUAAACAACAAAAUCUUCUCUCCAAAACUGAGUGAUAUCCUGAGUAGCAGAGUAGUAGAACAUUUAAACUUAGCUACAUUUUACCCAAUAUACAAACUCAAUAUUUUCUUUGGAGCUAUCAGAGACACAUGUAGGGAAGUGAAGUUUGUGUUAUCUGGGUCAGUUCACUACACUCUCUUGAAAAAGAAAGAAUGUCCCAAUUAACUAACUAGCCAUAAAUAUAGUAAUGGUAGUAUGUUUAUUUCUAGUCAAUCUUCCAUAAUAAGAAAUUUUCUUCUGUCACUCUAAUACCGGGGUUUCUUAAAUGUAAAGGGGAAAUAACUUUAGAUCUGAUGAUAUUAGAAAAGAAUGGAAAGGAUAAAUGGUGCAAUAAAUAUGUGGAAUACACCAACUGGAUGUGAGGUAGAUGUUCCCCAUAUCUGACAAACAAAUGCCUAUAUCUAUCCUAUUAGAUUGCUAAGCAAAUAUAGAUAGUAGUGGAGCAAUUAACGUAUGGUGCACUUAUAAACAAAAUGGUGACUCAGUGUUUGGGUCACAUAGACUAAUGUAUAUGAAUGUGACAUAAUGCUGCUGAAUUAUUAUACUCGUAGGUGUCAGAAUAAAUGCAAAAAUCAGUGAGAAUAGUUAGUGUCAGGCAACGGAAGGUUGAUGGCUUAAACUGUUUCAUGGUUAACCUGAUAGCAAACUAAAGGCACAAUUAAUGGAAUGGAGAAAGUCCGGAAUAUUUAAUUGGCCAGUAUGGGUCAUCAUACUUUCAUUCACCACAUCUGUACCUUGCUGUUCUUCUUACUAAGGAAUCAGAGAAAAUCAUACAUAGUGAAGUAGUACAGUUUGGUAAGCAUUCCUUUAAAAAUAUUAAGGUUGCAGCCACUUAUGAGUAUAGCGAGAAGAGAUGGCUUCAGAUUUUCUGAAUUUCCAGUGUACUUGAGUCUAUUCCAAAAACAGCCUACAACUUUUUUCAACAGCUUGAGGCUAUUAGCGUUCUCGGGUGCUGCUACAAAAUAAUGCAAUAGACUUCACACAGAGUGGAUAGCGAAGGUUAGGGCCCAUUUGAACAAAUAUGCGAG